AUGAAUGAAACCACAAAAACGCAGACUUGCCACAUUGUUGUCGAAGACAGACUCGAUACGCAGCUUCAGCGGUUUUGGGAGAUUGAAAAUUUUGAUGAUGGUAAGGCUUUAACUCCAGAUGAACAACUUUGCGAAGAUCACUUCCAAAAUACCAUCGCUCGUGAUGAGACGGGCCGAUACGUGGUACGACUUCCGCUCAAGGAAGAAAAGGUGUCGAUGCUUGGAGAUUCGUAUACCUCGGCGCUCCGGAGAUUCCAACACAUGGAGAAAAGAUUUGUCGCAGAUGAAGAUCUCCGUCGCAGUUAUACAGAGUUCCUGGAGGAGUAUGAGAGGUUGGGUCACAUGGAGCCGGUUUCCGUCGCGCCGCGUAGCUCACAGUUUUUCUUACCCCACCAUGCCAUCCAGCGCCCAGACAGUACUACCACCAAAACACGGGUGGUAUUCGACGGUUCCUGUCGUGGAGCAGCCUCGCUAUCGCUGAAUGAAGCACUCUACGUCGGACCAACGGUUCAGCCAACCCUCUUUUCUAUCGUCGUUAAUUUCCGUCUGCCACGAUUUGUCAUAACAGCUGAUGCAGAAAAAAUGUUCCGGCAGAUAUGGAUCCACCCCGAUGGCAAUUUCAGCAAAUUCUCUGGCGUGGAAAGCAAUCGGAACCUAUCCGUACUUUCCAAUUGA